AUGAGUGUUUUGUUUUGCUUUGUUCUCUUCCGUUAAAACACUAUUCCCUCAAGUGAAUCGAACCUUGUUAUCUUUCCAAAUCUCUACACCCCAAACCUAUAAGGACCGUCGGAUUACACCCUAGAUUCCCGCACGGAAAAAUGAACGGUCAAAAUUGGAUAUGCGAAAGGGUACUGAGUAAAACUGAAUGUAGUGGAUUAAAACAUCAGGGGUCAUAUUCCGUUUAGCAUCUUCUAAUCUCUCUCCCAAUUGUUCCGUUCCUCACGCUUGUCUCUUCUCUUUCUCUCCCUUCUGCUUCUUCUUCCAGAGCUUUCUACCUUUCGAUUACUGGCUUCCAUUGGUUUAAAUAUCAUUACACCUCUUCUUUCCUUUUUUAUCUUUUUUCCCAGUUCUUUUUUGUUUGUGUUCUUCCGAAAUUACAGAAGAGAAAGAGGAGAGGAGAGGAGUGCUUUCCUCUUCAGUUUCUGAGGAUUGAUUGCGGUAUUUUGGGGCUGAAAUUUCGGCAGAUUGAUCCUAUUCAUCAACUUUUUUUAUUUAAAUUUGUGUCUGGAUUCAUUACCUCGUGUUCCUGAAUUCGAAGCUUCAUUUCAGUGCCAGUUUCUUCAUUGGAUGCUGCUUCGAAUUGUCUUGGUUUCGUAUUCGUAAGGCUUUACGAGAUUCAGAAGUUCCAUGGACAGUUCGGAGACAUAGAUUACAGAUUUAUUAAGCUUAUAAGGGCAUUUGAAUCUCUUGCAUAUAUAAUUUGAGUCCGAUAAAAUUAUUAAGUAUUGGGUGAUUGGAGAAUAGGCUGACACAAUGACUGUUGGGUUGGGCUUCGCGGUCUCAAAGUUGCAGACGCUAUCUACUUCCGAUCAUGCGUCGGUGGUCUCCAUGAAUCUCUUUGUGGCACUUCUGUGCGCUUGUAUUGUGAUUGGUCAUCUUCUGGAGGAGAAUCGAUGGAUGAAUGAGUCAAUCACAGCUCUUGUGAUUGGUCUGUGUACCGGAGUUGUUAUUUUGCUGAUUAGCGGGGGAAAGAGCUCGCAUCUUCUUGUUUUUAGUGAAGAUCUCUUCUUUAUUUAUCUUCUGCCUCCUAUUAUAUUCAAUGCAGGGUUUCAAGUGAAAAAGAAGCAGUUCUUCAAGAACUUUAUAACUAUCGUGCUGUUUGGUGCGGUUGGUACAUUAAUAUCCUGCACCAUCAUAACACUAGGUGCUACACAACUUUUCAAGAGGAUUGGUAUUGAUAACUUGGAUAUAGGGGACUAUUUAGCUAUUGGUUCUAUAUUUGCUGCAACAGACUCUGUGUGUACGUUGCAGGUGCUUAACCAGGAUGAGACACCUUUACUCUACAGUCUUGUCUUUGGAGAGGGUGUCGUCAAUGAUGCUACAUCGGUGGUGCUUUUUAAUGCGAUUCAGAGCUUUGAUCUUACGCAUAUUGAUUCCAAAACUGCUUUGCAAUUCCUUGGAAAUUUCCUCUAUUUGUUUGCUGCAAGCACUCUUCUAGGAGUGUUAACUGGACUACUUAGUGCUUACGUUAUCAAAAAGCUCUAUUUUGGGAGGCAUUCGACAGAUCGAGAAGUUGCCCUUAUGAUUCUCAUGGCAUACCUUUCUUACAUGCUAGCAGAAUUGUUAGCUUUGAGUGGCAUCCUCACUGUUUUCUUUUGUGGGAUUGUCAUGUCGCAUUACACCUGGCAUAAUGUGACAGAGAGCUCAAGAGUUACUACCAAGCAUGCAUUUGCAACCUUGUCGUUUGUUGCUGAGAUUUUUAUCUUCCUUUAUGUUGGUAUGGAUGCCUUGGACAUUGAAAAAUGGAGAUUUGUAAGUGAUAGUCCUGGAAAGUCAGUGGCAGUGAGUUCAAUAUUGCUGUGUUUGGUUCUUGUUGGAAGAGCAGCGUUUGUGUUCCCCCUAUCCUUCCUGUCAAACUUAUCUAAAAAAUCUCAACAUGAAAAACUCAGCCUAAGUCAGCAAGUGGUAAUAUGGUGGGCUGGGCUCAUGAGAGGUGCUGUAUCUAUGGCACUUGCUUACAAUCAGUUUACAAGGUCAGGACAUACUCAGCUGAGGGUGAAUGCACUCAUGAUCACCAGCACAAUAACAGUUGUUCUUGUCAGCACUAUGGUAUUUGGUAUGAUGACUAAGCCUCUUAUAAGAUACUUGCUGCCAAAUCCGAAACAUACCACUAGCAUGACCCUGUCGGAUCCCUCUACACCAAAAUCAUUCACUGCACCGCUUCUUGGAAGUGCACAGGAUUCCGAUUUUGGUGUCAUUGACGUGCCCCGACCAAAUAGCAUACGUGCUCUUCUGACGACUCCAACACACGCUGUCCAUCGGUAUUGGCGUAAGUUUGAUGAUGCUUUCAUGCGCCCGGUGUUUGGUGGCCGUGGUUUUGUUCCUUUUGUUCCUGGUUCCCCAACAGAACGGAGAGAGCCUCAAUGGCAAUGAUUACACAAACAGAAUGAGAUUGAGCUGUAAAAUAGUUUUUCUUUUUCCUUCUUUUCUUUCUUAAGUUUUCUACAUCUGGUAAGAUCAACCAAAUGAAUGACUUUAUUAAAGAUCAGCUUAUGAAGUUCCUCGAGAAACAUUGUUUUUGGGCGGUGACUUGGCGCUGUACCAACAUUGUCUUAUCAUAUGUAGUAACAUUAUUAUGUGUUGUGUAUAGGUUUUUUGGUUUGCCCCAAACGAUCAAAGGGUUAUUGAUUUGUUUAAUUUUGGUUUUGGCUGGCUUACUCUGACAAGAUAUGAGAGCGUUUGUCUAUAUUGUAUUGUAUUCUUUGCCCGCAAGUGUAACGUAAUAUUCGCAUAACAGUUGAUGCUUUAAUCAGAGUAUAUUUGUUUAUAACUCUUGCAUUGGCAAGGUUAUGAAAGAGUGCUUUGUAAGAAUUCAGGUGCCUUGAUGUGUUGCAUUACGUGUGCAUUUUUUUUUGUGUAUAAUUACUUAAUUGUCCAUUUUGCUUAAA